UUGGCUAAUAAUAAAAUAUAUAGUAUUACCAAAAAUAAAUUGAAUAAAAUAAUCUGCAGCUGAUCUUUCUAAAGUGAGAAGUCAACCACCAAAAGAUGAAGAAAAUUCAUUUCGUUUCCUUACUCAAUUUAACAAGGAGAUAGAAGCCAUCACAACUUGAAAUGGUUUCAUUAAAUGGAUUUUGUUGUCUGUUGAUGGCUUCUCUUUUUGGUCUAUCCGUGUGUUUCCAAUUCAACGAUCCAGAUUGGUAUUUUUGGAUCCCAUUAUACGCAUCUGCUUGUCUUGUCAAUGUGCUGAAAUGGUCUGAACCCAAUUCAUCAAGAAUCAGAAAAUUGGCCAAAUUUGGAUUAUGUCUUGGCAUUUUCUUGUUUAUCAAGGUUGGGGCAGAAGAUUUGAUUCAUGGGUUUUGGCGUUUGGAUAUGAGAGAAAGAGUUGUAAGAGAGAAAUUUGGGAGUGGGCUUGUUGUUAGCUCCAUGUUUCUGGUGUUGGACAACCCACCUUCUCAACUCACAAAAUAUGGAAUGCCCAUAUUGGUCGGCGUUGCUUUUAGCACCUCCUUCAUCUUCUUUGCAUUUCAACGUGAUGAAAUGAGAUAUUGAUGACAGAAGAAAAACCUGUUCCACUUUUUUUUUCUUUUUUGGUAUGGGCAUUCCUCUUUACAAUUUUCUGGAGCCAUUAAUUAUUUCAAUUAUUUUCAAAUAUUGUGUUCAUUUCAUAAGAAAUGCAUAGUUACAGCCACACCUCCAACAUCUGGGGCUGCUCUGUUUCUCUAGUUUGGAGUUGUAAUGUGUGGUGUAUGAGUUGGUUAAUUCCCUUCUAGGUGACAUGAACAAUUUGAUACAAAA